AUGCAGGUGGAACGCUUGAAGAAUGCCUUAACAGAUUUCAUGGGCGAGGACGCACCAGAGCCAUCAGAGGAAGAUAUCAAGAUCAUGUUUGCUAUACUACGGUAUGGUGGGCUUCCGGUUGAUGGAGUUCAUGGCGUCACGUAUUUGAACGAGACGUACGUCCGGUGGUACUAUAGGCUUGUCCAGCUUGAGAGCACUCUGUGUACGGAUGCACCACGGUACAACAGCUUGAGGAAGGCGGACGGGCAAGCGUACAAUUUGUUCCGGUACACUGGCACCGAGGAUUUAGCGCAGGAUAUUGAUGUAUUUCGCCGCGCGAUUGGCCAAAAUAAGUUGUCUAUUUACGGAUUGUCAUAUGGGACGGUUGUUGGUUCGAACUAUGCUACUCUGUUCCCUAAUCACACUGAUCGUUUGGUUCUGGAUGGCGUAAUCCCUCCGGUUCUUGAGACGCAUACCUUACCAACGCAUCAGCAGAAAGGGUAUUCUAAUGUUUUUGAGGCAGUCUUCACUGAUUGUUUCGAAUCCCUCUACCGCAACGCGUCAGAAGAAGAACGGUGUCCACUAGCCCCGAGCCCUUCUUCCAAGGUCCAACAUAUGAUCAACGACAGAACAAACCUUACCCGCGCGGCAGCUGUUGCCAACUACUUCGACAAUAUAGCUUGUGGGAAUGAUAACGCCUGCAUUGACGGUGCACCGGCAACAGUGGCUUGCGCUGCAGCUCUUUAUUCAAAAGGGGCGCAGACGCCUGAAUAUUGCAACGUGAGUGCGGUGUCCGAAGCAAAGCCAGAGAAUGCACCACUGGGUCCAGGUACUGAGAACGACCGAUUCUAUGAAACUCAGAAAACGAUUAUGAGCGCUGUGAUUGGCUUGGACGCUCCUGGAAGGUACGGCGAGGAAGCACUCAUCGCGCUGUGGCAGGACCAGUUGAGGGCGUAUGGCAUGUCAGUCAGGCAUUACAUUGAAUGGAUGGUCCCGUGUUCGACUUGGCCGAUGUACUCGAAACCGCUUCCUCCAGCCGGCAACGAACGCAUUCCGGCAUUGGUGAUCGGAAAUUUGCACGACCAGGCGACCGACUUUGGCGGCGCACAGCUCAUGAGGCAGGCAUUCCCUUCAGGCUCGCUCAUGACCUACCAGGGAUUCGGCCACUGUCUGGCCGCUAGAUCCUUUGAAGUGGUGGGCGCAACGGGUAGCGAGGUCAACAGCGUUCAGUCGAUCAACCAUUGCAAGCAUCUCAUCGACAAGUACUUGGAGACACUGGAGCUCCCCUUCGACGGCCAUGCUUGCCAUCUCUACAGUCCUCUGAGCCUCGGUCCAGCAGCGGUUGAGCGCUACCUUCAGAGUCAUGCCAACGAUUCAAUUAACCGUAGAGGGAGGUGA